AUGAGGACAGAUGACUUUGUUACCUGGUUCCUGGCCCUCUCCAUCCAAGGGGGUCUAGGUAAUGAACAUGCAGUAGAGCUGCUGGAACGCAAUGUGUCACCAGCCAUUGCACAACAGCUUUACAUACAGGAUAUGAGAAGCGAGAACCUCUCACAAGCUGCAGAAGAGGUUCACAAAAUAGGUAGGGCCAUUAAAGUCUACAAGAUGCAAUUUGGGGGCGGGCCCACCACCAAAAACAACUCUUCCCAGAGGAGCCCUGGGUCAUCAAAACAAAAUAGCCAUCACUCUCACGGGUUCAAGCCGUUUGGGCUACAGCCAGGACAGGGUGCUCCUAUGGAUAUCGGCACGGUCCAAGGCGGACAGAUGUGCAGAUUCAAGGGCAACUGUUACAACUGUGGCCAAGAGGGACACAUGUCCCAAGACUACGAUUGGCUCAAUACUCUGGCCAGUCAUUCAUACGACGAAAUCCGAGCCUUCUUUUACGACCAACAGGUCGCUGAGAUGAAGGCUCAAGGAAAAGAGUUUGGAGCUUAG